AUGCCUAUGCCGGAGGCAAUGCUCAACGACCACCUAUCAUCCCACGGCUUUCAAAUGUGUUUUUUUUGCGACGCACGAAUCAAACUUGAGCAUUACGAAAUGCAUUAUCUCCAGUGUAACCAGAAGUGCAAGUGCAAUGGUGUCAAGGACAUGAAGGAACAUGUUGCAGAAAGACAUAUCUGCCCGUACUGUGCAAAAGGACGUCUUAAAGCAUCGACCAUGGUACACCACAUGGAGGUGUACCAUAAUUGCUCUUGUCAGUCAGAAGGGUUUCGGGAGGAUCACAUCAGCUCCGAGCAUAUGUGUUGCGGAGAAUAUCAUGAUGACCUCAAACAGCAUUUCUGGGACUGUCACCUUUGCGAUUGUCCUGAGGUCAAAGGGUCCGAAUUGGAGCACCAUUACCAGCAUGUUUUAUCAUGCCAUCGCUGCGAUUUAUGCUUCGCCUAUGCUUCGGACCUUGAACUGCAUCAGGAUCGCAAUCAUACAUGCCCCCCUUGCGAUAUGGUA